AUGAUUUGGAUGGUCGUGCUGUGGCUUCAGGCUGCAUUGGCGAGCGAACAGAUCUCCGUGCAAAAUCCCGAAGAUGUCCUUUGCCCGCCGUUGGUGCCGUGCGAACGGAGGCUGGACGUGGAAACGCUCCACUUCGUCAACGAGUCCGCGCCGGAUCCGCUUCCGGAGCCGCUAAGUACCGAUUCGAUUUUAGACGAGGACGAAGAGCUCGGAACACAUGCGAAUGAGUUCGGAGACGUCGACGUGGUGCCGACAGUGUUCCCCGUGCCCAGCAGCAGAUCGAUCCCGGAGCACGAGGAGGAUCUUUCUGACGAGGAGAGCAUCGAACUUUCCACGGAAGCGGUCACGGUGAAACCUGUUUUGGAACAGAGACGCACAACGAGCGCUCAAUUCCACGAGCUACCGGAUCCUCAGCGGAUACCGCCUCCGAUAAUGUUCUCGGGCGAGCCGUCCGUGAUGGAAAAAUUCCUCAACGUGCGGCCACCGAGAGCGGCCCUGAAGUAUGCUGCGGCAGUGCGAAGGUAUCGUGAGGAGAAACACGAGGGUGAAGUUCGAGUGAAGAAAAAGUUCGAUCCCCUGAGUGGCAGAACUGAGAUCUGCGAAUGCCGGACCAUAGUUGUCCAGGACGUUAUCGAAAAGCCUGUGCACGAUAUCCAUAGUGAAACGGUCCGCAUCGUCGCUCCGUACGUUGAGCAGACAAGAGUCAGGAUAACCUCGAAGCAGCCCGCGCAGGGCCAACGUACGCCGAUACUCUUCAAAAAAAUUCGAGACCCUGAAACGAAGGACUUAUCGAUCGCUACGGGAACGCGGGUCAACAACAACGCUUUCUUCAAGCUCCGCAAACCCGCGUUGUUGAAAGUGAGCAACUCGGAGUACGGACGAGACUCGGACGAGCUAGAACUCAUCGAGAUCACAACCGCGAGACCUAACUACGUGAAUGCUUUCGAGCGGCCGAAAUCGGAUGCGACAUACUACCAAAAGCAGUACACCGCCAUGAAUUCGUGGCGGACACCUCAUUCCGAAAUGUGGAGCCAUCUCGAAUCCACGGACCAUGACGAACAGGGAGAGGACGAAGUUUGCUUGAUGCUGAAAAAUAAAGGAAUUCAACAAGCCAGAGGAGACUAUUACGAUGAGAACUACGACGUUACCGGGCAGUACAACGGGAAAGUUUUCCGACCCGUAGGAGUUACGAGCCUAUCGAUACAAAACCUCCCGAGGCCAAUGAAUUACCAGGGCGUCCGCGAUGAUUGGACUCGAAUCACGCAGAAACAUAAAGACGAACGACGGGUGAUCCAAAAGACGUCGAAGGUUCCCGACAGCUGGGAGACCCUUUACCUGAAAGGUUCCCUCCAACGGCAUCGAGACGCCGAUGGCCGCGAACAACCUUGGCAGGAAGACUUCGAAUUUCGACGGGAGAGCGAUCAGCGAGAUCGACCGACACAAUCAACUCGAGCAGAAUCACAAAUUAAAACGAUCAGGGCCACCCUACGUCAAGAUCAUUCGGCUCCCGCAUCCUCACAGAAUCGGAGAAUUCAGAGCGAGCGCUUCGAGGACGAGGGGUCUUUCCCAGCGAUGCCUCGCAUUGCGUCCCGACAAGAACUGGAGAGAGCCUUCAUGCGGAGUCGGAGUACCGCUGAAGACGAUCAAAACCUACCGAUGGAGCAAAAGACACGGGGAGAGCCGGAGAUGGACACGGAGGAAGACACGCGGCUCAAUUCGAACGAAUGCGGGAUGAUCGGAGUCAAACCGAGAGUGGUAAAUGGGAAAGUAGCUGCGGAAGGUCAAUUUCCGUGGCUGUCGUACCUUCGGAUAUUCCGAGAUGACAUAAGUUUCAUGUGCGCUGCUUCAAUCAUCACCCCUCGAUAUGUCCUCACCGCGGCGCAUUGCCUUCUCCAGGCCGGCGUUCCCCCCACGUCGAUGGAAGUGGUCUGCGGAGUCGUUAACAAAACGGAUGGCGAUCCUAUUCCUGUACAUUCAUACAAAAUGCACCCAGACUACGGUCGAGUGCCGAGAGAGAAGCAUGAUAUCGCUCUGCUGCGACUGGACAAUCGCGUCGAUCACAGAACAGCGAGGCCGAUCUGUGUUCCCAGCGACAAAUAUUUCAUCGGCACUCCGGAUGAUAAUGUGAUCGCGACAGUAGCGGGCUGGGGCUUCAACAAAGACAAAACGAAACACAGAGAUGCUAAACGUAGCCAAGUUUUGAUGUUCGCCGACCUUGUGAUGAUGCCCGGCGAAUUGUGCAGUGAAUAUGCGAAUUUGAAGCUGGUAUCAUUUGAUCCCGAAGUCCAGAUAUGCACGCUCGGAAACGACACCGACACCUGCUACGGAGAUUCCGGCGGUCCAGUGAUGGUACGCCAAAGGGGACGGCACAUUCAGUAUGGCGUCGUCUCGUUCGGAUUCUCGUGCGCGGCACCCGAUAUGCCAGCUGUCUCCACGAAAGUUUCGGCACACCUCGACUGGAUAUCUGAUAGUAUCCAGAAUUGGCAACUGGAUCCGGAUGUCCAGAGAUUCUAG